AUGACGGGGCGGAGCCCUUCGACUUCGCCUUCCAAGAAGCGUCUCGCCAAGAGCGACAACAACGGCAGCUUUUGGAAUGCCGCUCACGACGCUUCUCCCUCGAGACUUAUCAAACGCCAGCGCCACUCACCUGAUCCCACCAACGAUGCAUCCGGAUUACCCGCCUUCGCCAGGCGGAUCGUUAUCGCAAUCGACUUGGACGCCUUCUACGUCUCUGCCUGCCGCAAAAGGGACCCUUCUCUCAUCGGCAUCCCCAUUGGCAUCCAGCAAAAGGCGCUCGUUGCGACGAUCAGCUACGAAGCUCGUGCAGCAGGAGUCGCCAAGCUGGACAGCAUCAAGGACGCCUUCAAAAAGUGCCCCGAUAUGGUGCUGGUCAAUGGCGAGGAUCUGACCUACUUUCGACAGGUCUCGAGCCAGGUAUGGCGGCUGGUCCGGUCGAUUGUGUGGGAAAAGAAGGUCGAGAAGCUCGGCAUGGACGAGCUCUUCUGCGAUGUCACCGACAUGGUCGAUAAUCACCUCUACACGAUUCGCAAUAGCUCCCAUGUAGGACGAUGGUUCGAUCUUAAUGCGCCAGGGGGCAGCGAGAAAGUCGCGGCCUACGGGUUCGAGUAUCAAGCUUGGCCCAGUGACCCUCCCGGGCAUCUUCAUCCGAACGAAGCAGCAGAGCACUUGCAGAGAAAUCAGCCAGAUUGGUGGCAGGAACGAAUGCUGGUAGCUGCGAGGCUCGCCUACUAUCUCCGACAAAGGAUCGCGGAUGAAGUUGGGCUGACAUGCUCCGCGGGUAUCGCACCGAGCAAAUCGCUCGCAAAGCUGGUGGGGGCGUUGAAAAAGCCCAACCAGCAGACGGCGUUCUGUCUACCAAUCGCAAGCCUCGCUUCUGGCCUGCACAGCGGAGCGAGAUCCAUCGAAGCCAACCUGCAGCAGCACGUCAACGCAUUUCUGGAUCCGCAGGACCUCCGUAAGCUGCCUGGCUUCGGUCGCGUGGUCGUCGACAAGAUUCGCGAUCACCUCCAUCCUAGCCCGAAUACGAUCGCACACCAGAGCAAUGCGCGUUCUCGCUCCAACUUCAUGGAGCCGACGAGCAUAUCGGACGACGAAGAGGAAAAGGAGAAGGUGAAAGUGACGGUAGGCAGUGCGAGAAAGAUGCUCUCGCUCCAGGACAUGGUAGGGCUGUUCGGCGAAGUGGUCGGGACGAGAUUGUGGACGCUGGUGAGCGGACGCGAUGCGGAACCAGUCAUUCCAGCGCCGGACUUUCCUCUGCAGCUCUCGAUCGAGGACACGUUCCCGUACCCAAGCCUGCGCGGUACCUCGAUCCAUAACGAGAUCCGUCGCCUUUCGAUGUCUCUGCUGCGGCGGCUCGAGCUGGAGCUCACGACACAGGGCAACGCGCCACAAGAGCCGCUCAAGCCGCUCAGCCAGGAAACUAUCAUCAAAAAUGAAGCGGUGACGAUCCGGGACUACCAAGAGCAGCCAGCGACGGCAACAGCAGUGGGAAAGGGAGGGUGGCUGCGAUACCCCAUGAAGCUACGCUUGAGUGUGCGGCAGGGCUGGAACAACCGCGUUUCGAAGCAGACCAAGAUGCCCGUAGAGGUGUUCGAACUGGAUCAACCCAGGGAGGCUCGGGCGGGAGCAAUAGCAAAGGCAUGCAGAGGCUUGUUGCGCGCGCUGAUCGGAGGUGAUGAUGUGGUCGGGGACGGGAUGAAUCUGAUCAACAUUGCAGCGCUAGAGUUGAGCGACAAGAGGCCACAGAGGGCGCUAGGCAGUUUCUUUGCGGCUGGCUCGUCAGCAGCCGAGGUGAGGGUCAGCGGGACAAGGAUGAAUGGAGCAGCUGGGAUCGACGAAAGCUUUUUGGCUAGUCUACCGAGCGAGCUGAGGGACGAGAUUGCUGAGGAGUACGGUAUCGAUCUCGGUCCUGCGCAACCAACCGAUACGGCUGUUCAUGAGGACGAUGUUCCAAGGAGUGCAGGUGGCAAAGGAAAGGGCAAAGCGGCAUCGACAGCGAUUUUGAGCUGCUCGGUCUGCGGACAAGGGAUGGAGGUGUGGAUGCAGCACGACCACGAGCUGUACCCUUUGUCCGGGCUCCCCCCUCCAGCGCCGCCAUCGCGCUCCGCAUCACUUUCUUCGGUCACUUCAGAGGUGUCAGCAGGGACGCACGCAGAUGACGGACAUGUCGAGGAGCAUCUAGACGAGCUGGAGCAAGAAGCCGUGCGAUGCGAGCGCUGCGGUGAGGCGUUGAAGCCAUUUAUGCUCGUAGCCCAUCAACGAUUUCAUGAGAUGCAGCACGAAUCAUAA